GGGGCGUUCGAGGUAUUCCGGUGCUCGCCUGAAACGUAUCUACCAGGCUCUUCCCUGCAAGUCCCCAUUUGACAGAUGGGAAAAUUGAGGUUCAGAGAGACUAAAUGAUUCUCAAGGUCACCCAGCAAGGAAGCAACAGUCAGGAGGGAACGACUCUGAGAAGUCCUCGGGAGGAUUCCUUAAUGUAGGGGCGUCUGUGUAAGGGCGAGGUCCCUUUCCUUGGGGAAAGGUUUUGGCGAGGUCCAGGAAUGUAAAGAACCCCAGGCUUUGGGGCUGCGUGCCCUGGAGCCUGGUUGAGGGGGGAGGGGCGGCAGAAUGGGUGUGUGCGCAACCAGGGGCUAUGUGGAUGCGUGUGGGAGUGUACAUGCGUGGAGAUGCACUGUCUUUGCGUGUGUGCACACGUGUUCAGAUGUCAGAGCUACUGUGAUCGAGAGAUCAGAGGCUGAGCUGGUUCAAGUGAACAGAAGAUCUGGGAGGUGAAUUGCACUCAGGUUUGCAUUUUGAAGUAAAGGACUUGGGGGUCCGAAUUGAGCACCGUGGGAGGCUCUGAGAGUGUAGCUUGGGUCUAGCCUACUGGCACCGGCAGCCAUGGCGAGCACUCUGGACCUGGACAAGGGCUGCACCGUGGAGGAGCUGCUCCGUGGUUGCAUCGAAGCCUUUGAUGACUCCGGAAAAGUGCGAGAUCCACAACUAGUGCGCAUGUUUCUCAUGAUGCACCCCUGGUACAUACCUUCCUCUCAGCUGGCUUCGAAACUGCUCCAGGUCUAUCAGCAAUCCCGGAAGGACAACUCCAGUUCUCUACAGAUGAAAACGUGUCACUUGGUCAGGUACUGGAUCUCAGCCUUUCCAGCAGAGUUUGACUUGAACCCAGAGCUGGCUGAACAAAUCAAGGAGCUGAAGGCUCUGUUAGACCAAGAAGGGAACCGCAGGCACAGCAGCCUCAUCGACAUCGAGAGUGUCCCUACCUACAAAUGGAAGCGGCAGGUGACCCAGCGGAACCCUGUGGAACAGAAAAAGCGCAAGAUGUCCCUGUUGUUUGAUCACUUGGAGCCUAUGGAGCUGGCAGAACAUCUUACCUACCUGGAGUAUCGUUCCUUCUGCAAGAUCCUGUUCCAAGACUACCACAGCUUUGUGACUCAUGGCUGCACCGUAGACAACCCGGUCCUGGAGCGAUUCAUCUCCCUCUUCAACAGUGUCUCUCAGUGGGUCCAACUCAUGAUCCUCAGCAAGCCCACAGCCACGCAGCGGGCGCUGGUCAUCACGCACUUCGUGCAUGUGGCAGAGAAGCUACUGCAGCUGCAGAACUUCAACACGCUGAUGGCCGUCGUGGGAGGCCUGAGCCACAGCUCCAUCUCACGCCUCAAGGAGACCCACAGCCACGUCAGCCCUGACACCAUCAAGCUCUGGGAAGGUCUGACAGAACUAGUGACAGCUACCGGCAACUACAGCAACUACAGGCGCAGGCUGGCGGCCUGCGUGGGCUUCCGCUUUCCCAUCCUGGGAGUGCACCUCAAGGAUCUAGUGGCUCUGCAGCUGGCUCUGCCUGACUGGCUGGACCCAGGUCGGACCCGGCUCAAUGGAGCCAAGAUGAGGCAGCUUUUCUGCAUUCUGGAGGAGUUGGCCAUGGUGACCAGCCUUCGCCCACCCGUACAAGCCAACCCCGACUUGCUGAGCCUGCUUACGGUGUCCCUGGAUCAGUAUCAGACGGAGGAUGAGUUGUACCAGCUUUCCCUGCAGCGAGAACCACGCUCCAAGUCGUCGCCAACCAGCCCCACCAGCUGCACCCCGCCUCCCCGGCCCCCUGUGUUGGAAGAGUGGACCUCAGUUGCCAAGCCUAAGCUGGAUCAAGCCUUGGUGGUGGAGCACAUUGAGAAGAUGGUGGAGUCCGUGUUCCGGAACUUUGACGUGGAUGGGGACGGUCACAUCUCCCAGGAGGAGUUUCAGAUCAUCCGGGGCAACUUCCCUUAUCUCAGCGCCUUUGGGGACCUGGACCAGAACCAGGAUGGCUGCAUCAGCAGGGAGGAGAUGAUUUCCUACUUCCUGCGCUCCAGCUCGGUGCUGGGAGGCCGCAUGGGCUUCGUACACAACUUCCAGGAGAGUAACUCGCUACGCCCGGUUGCCUGUCGCCACUGCAAAGCUCUGAUCCUGGGCAUCUACAAGCAGGGCCUUAAAUGUAGAGCUUGUGGUGUGAACUGCCACAAGCAAUGCAAAGAGCGCCUGUCAGUGGAAUGUCGCCGCAGGGCCCAGAGUGUCAGCCUGGAGGGCUCUGCACCCUCUCCCUCACCCACACAUACCCACCAUCGGGCCUUCAGCUUUUCCCUGCCUCGCCCAGGCAGGCGCAGCUCUCGGCCCCCAGAGAUCCGCGAGGAGGAGGUGCAGACGGUGGAGGAUGGAGUGUUUGACAUCCACUUAUAAAAUGCUGUGACUAUCAAGGACUCAUUCCUGCCUCGGAGGAAAGACUUGGAGUAGAGAAGGGAGCCAGGGAUUCUGGGGCAGGAGGAUGGGGCUGGGGGUGGUGGGGGUCGAGGGUGGCAUGCAUUGAGAAGAGGGCCAGGGCUGGCGUCCCUAAGGUUGUACAGACUCCUGUGAAUAUUUGUAUUUUCCAGAUGGAAUAAAAAGGCCCAAAUAAUUAACCUGGAUCA